AUGUCGUCGAGUCAAUGCUUCAAAUAUUAUGUCAUCGAGUCAAUGUUUGGAGUAACGGCGAGAAAGCGAAGAAACUUGAAACCAAAACCUUUGAUCGUCGUCGUUGUGUGGCAUCAAAUAUCAUCCGUGGUUUGUGAAGGAGCGGAGCAGUUGAACAACGAAUAUAACAAGCCAUCUUUCUUCCAAUUAUUAUCCACCUCCGUUGAUCUGUUGAAGAGAUCUCAUCAAACUUUUUCGCACAAGUUCAAAUCCCUUAUCCAUCAAUUCCAGCUGCGAUUUACCCCUCCAAAUAUCGAUUUUAGAAGCAGUGGCAUAGAAAAAGGGGAGGAAUCCGAAAGUGUACGAGAGAACAUGAAAGAAGCGAUGAAGAAGAGCAAUAGAACAAGUGAAGCUACGCUUCAAGGAGCUGCCAGAACUGCUGCAAAAUCUGUUCACAAGACUGCUGAUAAGGUGAAGAAGAAGAAAAAACCGACCGUCUCUCGAUCUGAUAAUCAACAUGAACCUCGUGACGAGCUUUAGAUUUCUCACGAACUAUUCGGUUUGAUUCGAUUUCAAUGUGAAACUUUAGGUUUACUCUUACUAUAUCAAGUCAUGUUCAAA